UGUUUGAUAAAUCUCUACAAAAUAACUAUAUAUUUGGCAAGAAUAUUGAUUAUUUAUCAGUUUAGUGGAUCAUUUGACGCGAUGCAUACUUCAGGAGUAAUCGUUGGUAUUUGCGCACUGCUUGUGUUCGUAAAAGGGCAAUCUUCAACUAAUGUUAAUCGAUGCAUCCUCAAUCCAGGCGAACUUCCUAUGAACGUGCUCGUCCAUGGAUGUGGAGAGCCUCCCUGCUUGCUGCCGCAGCUACAGGAUGCGGUCAUUGAUGUCAUCUUCAGAGCACCUCGCACCAUCACCAACAUGACGACGCUUGCGACAGCAACCGUCAACAUGAUCAUAGAGAUCAACGUCCCCUACGACCUGGGCGAAUACGCCAAGACCUGCAACUUCUUCACUAACACCUGGUGUCCGAUCUUGGCGGGAGAGGUCGUGCAGUACCGCCUGAAGAUGCAUAUUGAGAGGUUUUUCCCUGUGGGUACGGUGGCGACUGCGGAGUUCAGGAUCGUGGACAACGAUAGGAACGGCGAAGUGAUCUGGUGUCUCCGCAUGCCCAUCCGAAUCACGCCCCCGGUGCGUGCCAUCUCUGACGCAAAUGAAGAACAAGACGUAUCUCCAGUACAAAUUGUCAAUGAUGUUUUGUGA